AAUUCGUAUGAAUUACUAUUGCAAGAGCUAAAGGUGCUCUUCCUGCAGACCAGAAACAACAGCCAUGCCUUAUAUUGGGCAAUAAUCAAAGAGACACAUAAUCACCAGACUCUUGUGGAAGCCAAAUCGAAGGGAAUCAUUGCAAGAGCUGGAUACUUUUACAAUAGUCUAAGAGACAAAUUUAAUAAGUCGUUGAAGGACCUUGUCAAAGCCUACAAAGCUAAAUAUACUAAUGGCAUAGUGACUGAUCAGCAAAUCAAUGAGUUCAUUGAUGAGGGAGUAUGGCAGGAGGUGCUAUCAUUAAGUCUUGAUGCUGCGGACAUUGUGAAGAUUAACAAGAACGCGGUAAUGCUUGAAAGGCUUGGGAAGUUUGUUCGAGAAUUCCAUCUGAAGGAUCGGACAAAUGCUGGCGCCCAAAUCCGAACUCUAGAUUAUUUAACGGUAGAUUUGCCAAUACCUUCUUCCUACAGUAACGUAGUCGCAAAGUUGAAUGUGAGCGAAUUGGCUUGUGCUACGAAAAAAAAUAAGAGGUAUAUUAAGAAAUAG